AUGCCUCACCUACCCGAGCUCACUUCCAUUUGUCGAGAUGGCGAUGCUUCUUCCAAGGAGCCAAUUGCCAUUGUGGGUGUUGGCUUGCGGCUGCCUGGAGGUGUUUACUCAAGCGAAGAAUUCUGGGAUAUGCUAAUCGAUAAGCGAGAUGGGCAUGGCCCUGUUCCUUCUACCCGCUACAACGUCGAGGCUUUCUUCGAUCCUUCAAAGGCUCCGGUUACUGGCUAUUAUUUGCAGGAAGACCCCGCUUGCUUUGAUGCUACUUUCUUUUCUAUACCCACGCAAGAAGCGGUUCACAUGGAUCCGCAGCAACGUCUUCUCCUCGAAGUCGUCUGGGAAUGUCUAGAAAACGCUGGUGCACAAAAUUGGCGUGGAAGCCGUAUUGGCUGCUACGUGGGGGUGUUUGGAGAAGAUUGGCUCGAAGUGGCCUUGAAAACGGGCGAGCCAGUAGACCGAUCGCACCCCAUUUGUACUGGAGGCUUCGGUCUGUCUAACAGGGUAUCCUAUGAGUUCGAACUCUGUGGUCCUAGUAUGACUAUCCAGACUGGAUGCUCGGCCUCCCUGGUGAGCUUGCACGAAGCGUGUCGGUCUUUGCAAGCCGGAGAUUGCUCGGGCGCUAUCGUCGCCGGGACGAAUCUGAUCUGGACUCCGACGAUGACAACCGUUAUGAACACCAAUAUGGUCCUCUCACCUAGCGGUAUUUGUCGGACUUUCGACACCGAAGCCGAUGGUUACGGCCGCGGUGAAGCAAUCAAUGCUAUCUACAUCAAGCGCCUGAGUGACGCCUUACGGGACAAUGACCCAAUUCGUGCGGUGAUCCGAGCUACCUCCACCAACAACGAUGGCAGAACUGAGACCAUUACCCAUCCGUGUCCCACCUCACAGGAAAGACUGAUUCGGAAGGCUUAUCGAGAUGCCGGGAUCAAGGACAUCCACGAAACUGCAUUUUUGAGUUCCAUGGAACAGGAACGAGGACAGGAGAUCCCCGUGAUCAAAGCGGUCAUGGCGCUUGAGCAUCGAAUCAUUCCUCCCAACAUCCACUUUGAUACUCCUAACCCCAAAAUACCGUUUGAAGAGGCUAAAUUAGAGGUACCAGUAGAGGCCAUACCUUGGCCAAAAGGUCGUUCUGAGAGAGUCAGUAUCAACAGCUUUGGUAUUGGAGGCUCAAAUGCCCACGUCGUUCUGGAUUCCUGUGCCUCUGUCGGCUUGGAUCCUCCAUCGGCAACGUCUUCUGGUGACUCGCAGCUAUUGUUAAUCACGGCACAUAGCCCGGACGCCUUGAAAAAGCGUGUCCGCGACCUGACCCAAUAUGCCAACAAUCAACCCUCUUCUCUCCAUGACCUUGCAUACACCCUUGGAGUACGUCGUGAUCAUCUGUCGCAUCGAACUUUCACCGUGGCCCAUCCUCAUACGCCUCUUGACGCCUCGACCUUUAAAAGUUCUACGCCAAGCUCUACGGCUCCACGCGUCAAUUUUGUGUUCACUGGACAGGGAGCGCAGUGGGCGGGCAUGGGCAGAACCCUUCUGAGAUCUGGGCUCAGCUUUACACAAUCGAUCGAAGAAAUGGACCAGGCACUCCAAGAGCUGGAGCAGCCCCCUAAUUGGAAUUUAAAAGGCAGGAUAUCACUUUCUCUCCCAGAGUCAUCGCGGAUCAAUGAGGCCGAAUUGGCCCAACCCCUGUGUACUGCUCUACAGGUUGGUCUCGUCAACAUCCUACGGGAAUGGGGGAUUGAGCCACACGCCGUCGUUGGGCACUCCAGUGGUGAGAUUGCCGCAGCUUACGCCGCUGGCGCUAUCACUGCCCAAUGUGCGAUUAUCAUUGCCUACUAUCGGGGGAGACUGGCAAAGUCUCAAGAAGGAACGGGGGCAAUGGCAGCUGUAGCGAUGAGUCGCGAAGAUGCUGUCCCUUUUCUGAAAGACGGAGUCGUCUUGGCUUGCGAGAACAGCCCGCGAAGCGUCACGCUCUCUGGUGACAAAGACGUCCUGGACGAGGUACUUGAGAGUAUCAAAGACCAGAACCCCGAUACCUUUACCAGGCGUCUCCGUGUCUCAAUUGCCUAUCAUUCAUAUCAUAUGUCCGCUCUAGGUCCACUCUACGAGGAGGCGAUUUCUCAAUACAUUAAACCCAGCUCAUACAUGAUCCCUUUUUCUUCAAGUGUCACAGGUGAGACUAUUGUCAACCCACGCCAACUGAACGCUGCCUACUGGAGGCAGAACUUGGAAUCACCUGUUCUAUUUUCAGGAGCAGUGGAGUCCCUGUGCAACACAGGGAAGCAGAGUCAAGUGUUUUUGGAGAUAGGCCCACACUCAGCUCUCGCAGGGCCUCUGGGGCAAAUCUUUCAGUCCACUUCAACGAAAAAGGCGCCGUUCUACAUCCCCACUCUUGUACGUGAUGACCAUGAUGCUCGAUCACAGUUACUUUCUACAGUGGGCCACGCUUUUAGCGCUGGCAUCUCGGUCAACAUAUCAGCUGUCGUUGGGUCGGGGGUGGUCCUGAAAGACCUGCCAAGGUAUCCAUGGCAGCACGAUAGUCGCCACUUGAAAGAAGUGCGAGUAUUGCGCGACUGGAGGUCCAGGCCGUUGUCCCAUCAUGAGCUUCUGGGCUCCCGCAUCGUGGAGUCGACUGAUCUCGAGCCGUCUUGGCGGAACAUGCUCCAUCUUGAUAACGUUACAUGGCUUUCUGAACAUACCUUACGAGACGAAGUCACUUUCCCUGGAGCUGGAUAUAUUACCAUGGCUGGAGAAGCGGUCCAGCAAUUGCACCCUGAAAUGACAGGGUAUUCUCUCCGAAAUGUCCAUUUCAAGGCUCCCUUGAUCUUAGUUGAUGAUCAUUCAACCGAGCUGAUCACAAACUUAAAACCCAUCGAAUUGGCUGAUGGGGUGGGCUCUGAUUGGUACGGAUUCACGAUCAUGGCCUACGAUGGAACGUUAUGGACAACACAUUGCCAGGGUCAGGUCCGAGCGGGGGCAGAUUAUCUUGACGAGGCCAAGCCUAUACAUCCCUUUCCUCGAUCCCUCGACUCUAAAAGAUGGUAUCAGACGGUUAAGAGGCAUGGUCUGGCAUAUGGGCCACGGUUUCAAGGGCUUCAGGAUAUUACGGCUGAUCCCAGCAGCACCACUGCUGUAGCUACUGUGACUGAUACUCGGGAGUUGCAUGCCAGCCGAUACCUACAGCACCCUUCUGCCAUCGAUCAGUGCUUGCAGCUCAUGGGUAUUGCAGUGUCAUCUGGAGUUCCCUCUCGGCUCACUCGGAUGUACAUACCGGCAAUGAUCGAGAGCAUCUACGUGGGCAGAGGGGCACAGAAUAUGACAGUACGUGUUCAGACUCGACCAGGCAUGCGUGGGGGCCAGUUAGGUGACGCCAUUGGCGUGAUUAAUGACCAAACAGCCUUUUCCAUGAAGGGCGGCUUUUUGUUUGGCGCGGAGAUGCCAGAGAAUUCUGGCGUAGCUGCCGUUCGCCUCGCAUCGCGAAUGGACCUGAAGCCUGAUAUUGACUUAGUCCCUGCCUGCACUCUGCUGCCCCAGCCCCCAGCAGAUGAUGAAUUAGACGACCACUUGAAGGCAGGUGGUUUGAUAUGCUUUCAUUACAUUCUUGCAAUGGCGACCCGCCUCAAGGAUGUCCACUCGGACCAGCCACACCUCAUGAAAUGGAAGGCCUGGAUUCUUGCCGAGUCGGCCAAAAUCAAUUCAGGAAAUCAUGAGCUCUUCAAGUCCCUAUUUGACUGGUCAGAAGCUACCGAAACAAAGACUCUUCUUGUUUUGAAACUUCAAAAAUUCCACCGCGCCCUGGAAUCAGACGUCAAAAAUAACCAAGCCCAGCAAGCCUUCAGCUCGGUCUUACCCCAAUGGAUUUGCAUAGACCCCAUCCGCCGAAUAGAGAUAUUUUAUGAGGGGAAAAAAUCUCCCUUGGAAGCUUUGAUGCAGAACGACCGGUGGGAAGUCUAUCACAGUGCCCAAGAUGAGCGGAUCAGCUGGAGCAAUUUCUUGUCAUUGCUCUGCCACUCGAACCCUACCUUGCGGGUCUUGGAGAUUGGCGCUGGUUCUGGCUCUGGAACCAAGAAAGCCCUCCCGUGUCUGAAGUCCUCUGGUGGAGUGCGCAUGUAUUCUCAAUAUUUUUUCACUGACAUAUCCCCGGGUUUCAUGGCCAAAGCAAAGGAAGUUUUCAAACACGAAGAGAAGAUAGAAUACCGCACUUUGGACAUCAGUCGAGAUCCAGUGGCACAGGGGUUUGAACCUCACAGCUUUGAUUUGAUCAUUGCAUCCAACGUUCUCCACGCUACCUCAAAUCUAAAGAAAACAUUGGAACAAGUACGAAAGCUUUUGCGGUCCAACGGCCGACUGUUGUUUCAUGAGAUCAAUCCAGACCUUCCAACCACUUCUUAUAUCAUGGGCACCCUUCCUGGUUGGUGGCUUGGUGAAGAAGACGACCGUCCAAACCAGCCUUUUGUCACACCGGAAAGGUGGGAUAAAGAGUUGCGUGCCGCUGGCUUUGGUGGCAUAGAUGCGGUGGUGUACGAUGCUGAGCCUCCCUGUCGGUCGGUAGCCAGCAUGAUUGCUAGGCCUGCUGUUGAAAUAACUUUUACAAAGCAAAUAUCGCUCCUGGCCGACGACCGAACAGCAAAGUGGCCUAUUGAAGUUGAGAAGCAUUUUCAAUCUCGCGGGUACACAGUGAACUGGAUCACCUUGGACCAGGCAGGAGAGCGACACGAGCGUGUAGUGUCUUUGUUGGACAUACCAGUGCCAUUCUUGGGAGAUACCACAGAAGACUCUUUCACUUCUCUUCGGCGAUUCUUUGUUGAAAACAAAGACUCGCUUAUUAUGUGGGUUACUAAAGGCUCACGCGUGGUGUGUGAUGAGCCGCAUUCCGGUAUGAUCCAAGGACUGGCCCGCGCCCUGCGACUUGAGUUGCCCCUGGACAUCUGUACCCUGGAGGUCGACACCUGGGAUUCAAGGGCAGUUGCAUCUUUAUUUGAUGUCUACGAAAAGGUUCAGUCUGCCAGACAAGCCUCGCCACCACAUACUGAGUACGAGUUUAUCUUGCAUGAUGGCGUGGUUCAUACUAUCCGAGAUCAUUGGACUCCAAUAUCUGAGCAACUCGCCAUUACCUUGCCACCUGAUACGCCCCGGAGUCUGGAUAUUGUGUCUUUUGGUCGCCUGGAGACCCUCCAAUGGGCGCCUAAAAACCUCAAGUCUCAGUUGGAUUCUGAAGAAGUAGAGGUAGACAUUCAAUUCGUUGGAUUGAAUUUCAUGGAUUUGAUGAUUGCCAUGGGCCUAGUGGGAAACCCAGGCCAGUUUGGUAUCGAGGCGGCGGCCACCGUCCGCCGUGUUGGCACCAACGUGGCAGAGUUCAAACCUGGCGACAAAGUCUGCCUGGCGGGCUUUGGCUUCCUAGCAACAAGAACGAUAUUGCAUCAGUCGAGUUGCCUCAAGUAUCCGGAUUAUAUGGCUGCCGAAGACGUGGUGACAUUUUGGUCUGUUUACACAACAGUCCUCUACUCGUUCCUCUAUGUAGGAAAUCUACAGAAGGGACAGUACGGGCGGAAGUCUGUGCUUAUUCACUCGGGUACAGGUGGGAUUGGCUUAGCAGCGAUCAAUCUCUGUCAAGCGAUUGGUGCUGAGGGAAAGGAUACUUCACUCACGGGACAGCUCCUUUGUACCUGCUCUUAUGAAAGCAACCAAUGGACGGGGGUGGACAUUGUCCUGAACUCAUUGGCUGGGAAACUCUUGCAUGCGUCAUGGGAAUGCGUCGCACCUUUUGGAAAAAUGAUCGAGAUUGGAAAACGCGACUUCAUGACACAUGGAGCCCUCGAAAUGGGCCCAUUCCUUGCCAAUCGUACCUUUGUUGGCGUGGACAUGUUGCAUCUCCUUACGCAUAACCUAGAGCUCCGGGAUCGUGUCCAAGACACACUGUUUGAAUACCUCAGGAAGGGUGUUAUUCAGCCGAUUCGCCCCAUUCAAGUAUUUGAUGCAGACCGUAUUGAAGAUGCUAUGCGCUACAUGCAGGCCGGCACCCACAUGGGUAAAAUCGUAAUCCAGAUGCCGUCGAAUCCAGCUUCUCUUCCCUGCCCGGCAAUUAAACAAGCACCACAUCUGCCUUCGGACGCAUCUUAUCUGCUUGUUGGAGGGUUGGGCGGUAUUGGGCGCGCUAUCUCCACGUGGUUGGUGGAGCAUGGUGCGCGGGAGCUGGUCUAUCUCUCCCGAUCAGCAGGUCAAUCAGAUGAUGAUGAGAAGUUUAUACGUGAACUUGAGGCCCAGAGCUGUAAAGUGAUUUGCGUUACUGGUACUGUCACCAGCAUGAUAGAUGUCGAAAGAGCAGUGUCUCAAUGCACUAAACGUCUCGCUGGAGUUGUGCAAAUGGCAAUCCAUUUAAAGGACGUCUCAUUCCAGAACAUGUCAUACAAUGACUGGUCAGCAGCGCUAUUGCCCAAAGUGACUGGGACUUGGAAUCUUCACAACGCCACUGAAGGUACCGCCCUAGAUUUCUUCAUCCUGUUUAGCUCGCUAGUAGGGAUUUCAGGGUCCUUGACUCAAGCCAAUUACGUCGCCGCCAAUGCAUUCAUGAAUUCAUUCGUGCAAUACCGGCGGCAACGGGGGCUGGCUGCUUCAGUGCUGAAUCUGGGUGCUGUUGUGGACAUUGGAGUGAUCAGUCGGCGUCCAGAUUACCUCCAGAAUGCGAACUUGGGGAGAGUCCCUCUUCUCUACGAGAAGGAAGUCUUACAAGGCUUCCAAGUGGCCAUUAAGGACUCUCCGUGCAACACAAAAUCUGGCAACCUUGUCGUAGGGAUGGGUCAUAGGGGGCCUAUCUCUGACACUAUGACACGGCCCUUGUGGGGCCACGACGCCAGAUUCUCCCUGUACGCAAACCUUCAGUCUGCAGUUGCAGUCCAACGCCAGGCAAAACACGAUCAUCUUCGUGCUCUUCUGGCUCAAGUGGACCUGGCUCCAGAUAAGCUUGAUGAUGCGGAAUACACAAAUGACAUGAGAAGUGUGGUGCGCCGGACCGUCGCGGACUACGUACUACCGGGUAAGGAGCUUGACGAUGAGCAGAUGGCAGCAAUCACUGUUGACUCCCUGACGGCCAUUGAAUUGAAGAAUUGGACUCGACGGAUAAUGAAGGUUGAAAUCUCGCUAAAGGAUAUUAACCAGGCAGGCACCCUUGAAGGACUUUCUAUAUUGCUGUUGAAUCAACUGAAGUCCAAGUAUAACAAAGUUGGCGAGACAAACAGUGGAUGA